AUGAAAAUUUACUCUUUGUACAAAACUUCAGCAAGCUACCCGGCGCCUGGAAUCUUUGACGACGUCGACCUUCAAAUAUUGGACAAUAUACUCUGGAGCUACGACCGUAGGAUUACACCAAGCCAUCAUCUAAAUGCACCAACGAUAGUGAAGUGCGAAAUCUACCUGAGGAGUUUCGGAGCCGUAAAUCCAGCCACAAUGGAUUACGACGUGGAUCUGUAUCUGCGACAGACAUGGACUGACCUUCGGAUGAAGAACGCCAACCUCACAAGGUCCCUCGACUUGAACGACCCCAACCUUGUAAAACGAGUCUGGAAACCGGACGUCUACUUUCCCAACGCCAAGCAUGGUGAAUUUCAGUUUGUGACCGUGCCAAACGUUCUUCUCAGGAUUUAUCCCACUGGUGACAUCUUGUACAUGCUCAGGCUGAAAUUGACCUUCUCCUGUAUGAUGAAUAUGGAAAAAUAUCCCCUGGACCGACAAGUCUGCAGUAUCGAGUUGGCUUCAUUUUCCAAGACAACCAAGGAGGUAGAACUGCAAUGGGGGAACGCAGAAGCUGUCACAAUGUACAGCGGACUCAAGAUGGCACAGUUUGAACUCCAACAAAUCAGCCUUACCAAGUGCAGUGGAACCUUCCAAAUCGGCGAGUACAGUUGCUUGCGGGCCGAGCUGAACCUGAAGCGGUCCAUCGGCCACCACCUGGUGCAGUCGUAUCUGCCAUCCACCCUCAUUGUGGUCGUCUCGUGGGUGUCCUUCUGGCUAGACGUGGACGCCAUUCCGGCGCGCAUCACGCUCGGGGUGACCACCCUGUUGACCAUCUCAUCGGAGAGCUCCGACCACCAGGCGAACUUGGCGCCAGUCUCUUACGUCAAGGCGCUGGACGUCUGGAUGGGGACGUGCACCAUGUUCGUGUUCGCCGCCGUCCUGGAGUUCACGUUCGUCUCCUACCUAGCCAGGAAGAAACUCAUCGUGCCGGUCACCCUUGGUGACGUCGAGGCAUCCCAAGACCUCGUGCUCGUCGUGGCAAACAACGAGAAGUCCCGGGCCAGCCCUCCGUCCCUGCCGACAUCGACUCACGUCGUGCUCGCCUACAGGCACCGCGCCAAGCAGAUCGACCAGAUCAGCCGGGUCGCCUUCCCAAUCGGCUUCUUUCUUUUCAACGCACUCUACUGGCCCUACUACAUGUUCUAG